AUGGCAUCCCUGGCCGAGGACCGGAGCAGCUCUGGGGAUGCAGCCGGGAAUGAUGCAGCUUCUAUGGAGGAAACUGGUGGUGGGCCUGAUAAUGACCGCAAUAGCGUGCACAAGAUCGGAUCGUCCGGCAUAUUCGGCCUGGAUUGCCGGCCAGAUAUCGCGGACAUGGAAAAGUUGCAGUAUCUUGUGGAUUCCAUAGGCGGAACCGUUACCGGAGAGGAGACGUGUGGAGCCGCCUGGAGAGGGUCGGCCGAGGUGCGGCACGGGUGCGCGGCUAAGCUGUAUAUCGUUGUCUCCCGGGGCCAGGACUUUGCGGAUUCCUUUGACGCGUGGUUUUUGGCAAAAGCAUUCCCGACUCUGUUUCCGCUGGGUAAGGGCGGUCCUCGGCAGGCCGAGGAAUGUGUCGUGGGUGCGGAAUGGGAGGCAUUUCGUGUGAAGCGGAAAGGGCAAGGUGUUGCUUGGGGAGAGGUGGAACUCGACAGCUCCUGGCCGCUGUCGAGGUUGUGGGUUCAGGCGCUGCGGCAGCCAGGGCAGCAUGCAACCAUCUGCUUCGACAGGUAUCUGAGUAUGGAUUUCACUAAGAAGGAUGACUCUUACCACAGAAGGCGGAUCCCAUGGGAGACGGGAAUUACAGUGGUUACGCCGCUUAAUAGGAACCGCUGGAACCUGAACAUAGAGGCGACGAUUGCUUUCCAGAGGCAAUGGCAGGCCCCGCUCUGUAUCUUUAUUUCUGAGCACAAGUGGAAAGAUGGCGAGCCGACAGAGGAGGAAGCUUUGAUAAUAUUAGGCCAUGGCGAUGAUAAUACAAUCCCGAUGCCUGCCGUCUUCAUAUUUGUUCCCGGCAUACCCGUCAUCGUGAACCACAACACCCACCAAGGUCUGAAGCUGGUUAACAGUGCCCCCUAUACAGCGAUGGAUGUCGUCCCCGACAGGGGGCGCCCGGGUCAUCGGAUUAAUAGCAAUACCGUACUCUACUUCGGUCCGCCGGCGGGGAUCGUGCUGGCGUCGGAGACGACGAGGGACUUCCGCUUCGUCGGCAUGCCGCCUGGUACUAUCCUCCUAACGCCCAUCAGCACCAAAAUAGAAUGCCAGAGAAAGCGGCUAUGGCAACAGCACGACGUCUCCCGCAGGGGGCUGCCAUGCGCAGCCGCGUUUGCGUGUACCGAUUACAAGUUGCAGGCAAGGACCCUAGAUCAGGUCGCCUUGGAGCUGCGGGGGACGAGGACGACCAAUAUUGGCGGCCAGGCAGUUCCGAGUACAUGCGACCCAUACAGCCUGUAUGUGCAGCUGUCGCGGUGCAGGUCGCUGGAUGGCAUCAUGCUCCUGUCCAAGGCGCGGGAGCGUGACUUCGCGGGCAACAUGGUGCCGGCGGAGAUGGCCCAAGCUGAGCUGAAGCUGGAGCAGUUGAGCGAAGUGACGAUUGGGGCGGAGUCAUACUAA